CAAUCUUUCUUACCAGAUUCACGUGUACCUUUAAACUUGUUAUCUAAAUCUUUUAUUGGUAUAGUUCAGUUUUAAUAUAUCCUUAGUGCUAGUAGAAGAAACGAAAUGCGUGCGAUAUCUCUAGUUAAACGAAUAGAGUUUGAAUUUUCUGGUAAUGUAGUGCGUAAUGCUUUAACACUUGGUGAUGUUGAUAAUGAUGGUUGCAAUGAAUUAAUCGUUGGAAAUCAAAAUGGUGAUGUUGCUAUUUUUAAGGGUCAAGAAAAAAUGCAGACGAUUUCAAAAUUAAGUUUCAUCAGCUGUGUAGCUGUUGGGGAUGUUUUGAAUGAAAACAGGAAUGUGCUUGUCGUAAUCACUGCCGAUGGAUGGUGCUAUGUAUACGGUGCUCCGGAAAAAUCUAUUGAUAUAUCAGAAGUUAUUGACAUCGAUGAAGGAGUUGAACAGAUCGAUGGUCAGAUACAGUCAACCUCUGGCUCAGGAAGUAUUGAAACUUUAGUGGGUGAACCUCCUGCAAAUUCAAAACAGAGUAAAAAAGAUGACAAAGUGUUACUAUUGUGCAUACACAAACAAAGAAUUCCUGCCAAUGCCAAGAAUAUUUUACUUGGCGACGUUGAUGGAGACGGCAUGGUUGAAAUGGUGCUUGGACUUACCGAUCGAGUUGUCAGAUCAUAUAGAUGGAUAAGUACUUCUAACAAAUCCACUAUAGAUAUAACUAUAGACGCUAAUCUGUCAUUUGAACAUUCUGACAAAUUAUUAGGUAAAUUCGCAGCUUUAAAUAAAUGGGAAUGUGCCAACCAAAUAGGUUCAAUUACGCUACAUCAUUCGCUAGACGGUAAAACUUCUCUUUUAAUUGCUCAACCUGGAGGAACCUUCAUGAGAAUAAAGUGCUCUUCUGAAGAAUCCAUUAAUUUCGCCGAUUUGGAAGCUUCAGAGCACAGUAAUUCUAGUGCAAAAGUGAAAACCAACAGCGAUAUAAUUUUGUAUUAUGAUAUACCACUAAAGGAAUUUAUAUGCAAAAAGUUUGAGCCUGAUCCUGAAAAACUGAGCGAACUGUUCAUGGAAGAAGGGAGGUCUCCGGAAGAGGCCAUGGAAAUUGUAAUAAACAUGGAUAAGAAAACAAAGCGAGAUCUAGUGGAAUAUUUGUUAUAUAAUAUCGAUGGUCAGAUACAGUCAACCUCUGGCUCAGGAAGUAUUGAAACUUUAGUGGGUGAACCUCCUGCAAAUUCAAAACAGAGUAAAAAAGAUGACAAAGUGUUACUAUUGUGCAUACACAAACAAAGAAUUCCUGCCAAUGCCAAGAAUAUUUUACUUGGCGACGUUGAUGGAGACGGCAUGGUUGAAAUGGUGCUUGGACUUACCGAUCGAGUUGUCAGAUCAUAUAGAUGGAUAAGUACUUCUAACAAAUCCACUAUAGAUAUAACUAUAGACGCUAAUCUGUCAUUUGAACAUUCUGACAAAUUAUUAGGUAAAUUCGCAGCUUUAAAUAAAUGGGAAUGUGCCAACCAAAUAGGUUCAAUUACGCUACAUCAUUCGCUAGACGGUAAAACUUCUCUUUUAAUUGCUCAACCUGGAGGAACCUUUAUGAGAAUAAAGUGCUCUUCUGAAGAAUCCAUUAAUUUCGCCGAUUUGGAAGCUUCAGAGCACAGUAAUUCUAGUGGAUCUCAAGGAGAAAAUAUUCCUGGCUCUGUAGAUUAUCAGUUCCUAGGAAUUUCCCGAAUGAGAAAUCAAAAUAUUUCUACCGAAAUCCUAGGUGACUUAAAGUGUUCUCCGAGCGAUAGCUUUGACAAGUGCAGCAUAAGCACACAAAAAAGUGACACCAGUAAGUCUAUCGCUAAAGGGAAACCUUAUGCUGUUGCCACUCUUGACGGGACCAUCAUGCUGGUGCAAGAUGAAGUUAUAUUAUGGGCCAUUGCAGUGGACCACCAAGUAUUUGCUCUUACCAAAUUGGACGUAACCGGCAACGGAUGUGACGAUAUAGUCGUUUGUUGUUGGGACGGUCAGACCUACAUUUUAGAUCAGGAGAAAAAUUCUGUGAGGUUUCACUUAGACGAACCAGUUCAGGCUUUUGAGUCCGGAUAUUACAACAUUAAGCCUGAUGAGCCAGCUGUGACUUGCCUUGUAUAUGUCACUUUUAAAAAUAAGAUCGAUGGUCAGAUACAGUCAACCUCUGGCUCAGGAAGUAUUGAAACUUUAGUGGGUGAACCUCCUGCAAAUUCAAAACAGAGUAAAAAAGAUGACAAAGUGUUACUAUUGUGCAUACACAAACAAAGAAUUCCUGCCAAUGCCAAGAAUAUUUUACUUGGCGACGUUGAUGGAGACGGCAUGGUUGAAAUGGUGCUUGGACUUACCGAUCGAGUUGUCAGAUCAUAUAGAUGGAUAAGUACUUCUAACAAAUCCACUAUAGAUAUAACUAUAGACGCUAAUCUGUCAUUUGAACAUUCUGACAAAUUAUUAGGUAAAUUCGCAGCUUUAAAUAAAUGGGAAUGUGCCAACCAAAUAGGUUCAAUUACGCUACAUCAUUCGCUAGACGGUAAAACUUCUCUUUUAAUUGCUCAACCUGGAGGAACCUUCAUGAGAAUAAAGUGCUCUUCUGAAGAAUCCAUUAAUUUCGCCGAUUUGGAAGCUUCAGAGCACAGUAAUUCUAGUGGAUCUCAAGGAGAAAAUAUUCCUGGGUCUGUAGAUUAUCAGUUCCUAGGAAUUUCCCGAAUGAGAAAUCAAAAUAUUUCUACUGAAAUCCUAGGGGACUUAAAGUGUUCUCCGAGCGAUAGCUUUGACAAGUGCAGCAUAAACACACAAAAAAGUGACACCAGUAAGUCUAUCGCUAAAGGGAAACCUUAUGCUGUUGCCACUCUUGACGGGACCAUCAUGCUGGUGCAAGAUGAAGUUAUAUUAUGGGCCAUUGCAGUGGACCACCAAGUAUUUGCUCUUACCAAAUUGGACGUAACCGGCAACGGAUGUGACGAUAUAGUCGUUUGUUGUUGGGACGGUCAGACCUACAUUUUAGAUCAGGAGAAAAAUUCUGUGAGGUUUCACUUAGACGAACCAGUUCAGGCUUUUGAGUCCGGAUAUUACAACAUUAAGCCUGAUGAGCCAGCUGUGACUUGCCUUGUAUAUGUCACUUUUAAAAAUAAGGCAUUUCCAGGACUCUUGCAGAGAACCUGGUUUUACUUAAGGUUUUGUCCACCUUCUGGUUUGUUCAGCAUAACACCUGCAUACACCUUCAGGAUAGUAGUGGUUCAGGAAGUCCUGAGUGAAUUAGAUGGUAGAUAG